GCGGCGGGCGCCCGGGCGGGGUCCGCGCUGAGCCGCCUUCUCGGCCGGCUGGUCCCUGCGGCGGCUGCCCGGCGGCCCGGGCGCGCGGCCCUUCGCCAUGUACACCUUCGUGGUACGCGAUGAGAACAGCAGCGUCUACGCCGAGGUCUCUCGGCUGCUUCUCGCCACCGGCCACUGGAAGAGGCUGCGGCGAGACAACCCCAGAUUCAACCUGAUGUUGGGAGAGAGGAAUCGGCUGCCCUUCGGGAGACUGGGUCACGAGCCCGGGCUGGUACAGUUGGUGAAUUACUACAGGGGUGCUGACAAACUGUGUCGCAAAGCUUCUUUAGUGAAGCUAAUCAAGACAAGCCCUGAACUGGCUGAGUCCUGCACAUGGUUCCCUGAAUCUUAUGUGAUUUAUCCAACCAAUCUCAAGACUCCAGUUGCUCCAGCACAGAAUGGAAUUCAGCCACCAAUCAGUAACUCAAGGACAGAUGAAAGAGAAUUCUUUCUCGCUUCUUAUAACAGAAAGAAAGAGGAUGGAGAGGGCAACGUUUGGAUUGCAAAGUCAUCAGCCGGUGCCAAAGGUGAAGGCAUUCUCAUCUCCUCAGAGGCUUCAGAGCUUCUCGAUUUCAUAGACAACCAGGGCCAAGUGCACGUGAUCCAGAAAUAUCUUGAGCACCCUCUGCUGCUUGAGCCAGGUCAUCGCAAGUUUGACAUUCGAAGCUGGGUCUUGGUGGAUCAUCAGUAUAAUAUCUACCUCUAUAGAGAGGGUGUGCUUCGGACUGCUUCAGAACCAUAUCAUGUUGAUAAUUUCCAAGACAAAACCUGCCAUUUGACCAAUCACUGCAUUCAAAAAGAGUAUUCAAAGAACUACGGGAAGUAUGAAGAAGGAAAUGAAAUGUUCUUCAAGGAGUUCAAUCAGUACCUAACAAGUGCUUUGAACAUUACCCUAGAAAGUAGUAUCUUACUACAAAUCAAACAUAUAAUAAGGAACUGCCUCCUGAGCGUGGAGCCUGCCAUUAGCACCAAGCACCUCCCUUACCAGAGCUUCCAGCUCUUCGGCUUUGACUUCAUGGUCGAUGAGGAGCUGAAGGUGUGGCUCAUUGAGGUCAACGGUGCCCCUGCAUGUGCUCAGAAGCUCUAUGCAGAACUGUGCCAGGGCAUCGUGGACAUAGCCAUUUCCAGUGUCUUCCCACCCCCAGAUGUGGAGCAACCUCAGACCCAGCCAGCUGCCUUCAUCAAGCUGUGACGGAGGGCACUCCCUGCUGCCUUGGAAAAAGUACGGGGUCCUGCUCUAGGGAAUGGUGAAAUGACUGGAUUGCUCUUUAUCCAGCCCACAGCAGGGGAAAGAAAGGCAACUCGCAAAGAUGAGAUGGAAGAAGGCACGUGAGCAGAGGAGGCAGCUCCCAAAGAGAGGGCUGCUCAGGGGGCUUCCCAGGUGUAGCUCUCAGCAGUGCUGUUGAGACUUUUGAAAACAACUUUGGUACACAAAGGCAGCUUUGUGAGCAGAGCUCCUUCCCCUCUCCCCGGGAACGGCAGGGCACUGGGACCUCUGGUCGGUGCCUCCCACCCACUGCAGCCCUAGUGCCUUAGCUCCAUGCCCGGCUGCAGCCCCACUGCUCUGGACUGUGGAUUGGACGUCAGAGCAUAUUGGAGGUUGCCUGUGUGUUCCCCGCCCAUCCCUUUGGUAACACUCUGCCACACUAAGCUCUGUACAAGCAUGCACCAACAGUCCUUAGUUUUGUGCUGUGCACUGGCCUCUCGGCAAAGGUGGUUUCCCUCAUCACCUUCCUGAUGGUGUUUGGUCAGUCACCUGUCAGGGUUUGUGCGGGUUGGGCCCCAAAACAGCAUAUGCUGCUCUAAGUCUGCUCUCUGCAUGUUUUAGAAACAAAGUGGCAAGUCUGCCCUGAACCUGUAAGCAUCAAAUAAGCAUGAGAGAGAAAAAAACAUGAUAUAUUGCUUUACUUAAUAGGUUGAAUAUGGUAGGUCUUUGAAAAUAUGAUGAUUCAAUUUUCUCAAUUUUCUUUGCUUUAACCAAAAUUCUAAAUGCAGUUUUGCCUAGUUCCCUUUUUUUUUUUUUUUACUUUUUUUUAAACGUUUGUAAAAACCUCUUUGAGGAUCAGGAGUCAGUAAAAUUCCACUCCCCAAGUGGCCCUGCCCCAGACAAAGGUUGCUUUCCCCCUUUUUGUUCUUUUUAUGCCCCCAAGCACUUUCUGCAGUAGCUAGAGGGACAGGUUUCCUUCCAGGAAGGAUUCGAGUUCCUGUGCCUGUAGGUAUUAGGAGAGUAUAUAUCCUGCCUGAAUGGGAAAGUCUUCUAAAAUGGGAAAGAAGUGGUUUCAUCUCCACACAGUGUCUUGUAAAUCUCAACAAAUGUGUACUGUUAGAAGUGGCUUCCACUUACUGGAUUAACUAAUACUUUAUAGGCUUUUCAGGAGGCCACAUCACUAGCAGUAGGGAGAACAAGAUGUCAUUUGUGUUCAGUGUAAGCUGAGUAAACAGGCCCUUCCUAGAGUGUCCUGGAAAUCACAGCAACCCAUUGAAAACUGCCCUCCCCACCAGAACGUGCUAUGUUCUUUCUUCAUGCCUAUGUGUGCUCCAUUCCUCGUUUCUACUUGGCUCAAGAAAACAUUUCUGCAGUCAAGUGAGACUUUUACAAAAGAGGAGAAAAUCAAUGCCUCCUUGAACAUGAUGAGAUGUGAGAACUUACAAUGAAAAAGGCAAUAAUGAUAGAAAUUAUUUCUUAGGUACAGCAAUAGUUGAUAGGAUGUGAGGGUGUUACCUUGGGGUGAAGUGGAGAAGGUCCCAGGUGAACUGGCUCUCAUGGAAAUUUGGAAUUACAAAAUAAACGUCCUGGGGGUUACCCAGAAUACAGA